AUGGCUUACUGCAGGGCAGCCUCAAACUCUGUGCUGGACCAGAUAGCUCUCCUGAGGGAGGACUCUAGGGCCGGCUGCAGCGGUGGACCACCACAGCUAAAAGAGACCCAGAGGGAAAUAAGACCUAGAGAAAAAGGAAGAAAAGAGACCCAGAGGGAAAUAAGACCUAGAGAAAAAGGAAGACAAGAGACCCAGAGGGAAAUAAGACCUAGAGAAAAAGGAAGACAAGAGACCCAGAGGGAACUAAGACCUAGAGAAAAAGGAAAACAAGAGACCCAGAGGAAUAUAAGACCUAGAGAAAAAGGAAAACAAGAGACCCAGAGGGAAAUAAGACCUAGAGAAAAAGGAAAACAAGAGACCCAGAGGGAAAUAAGACCUAGAGAAAAAGGAAAACAAGAGACCCAGAGGAAUAUAAGACCUAGAGAAAAAGGAAAACAAGAGACCCAGGGGGAAAUAAGACCUAGAGAAAAAGGAAAACAAGAGACCCAGAGGGAAAUAAGACCUAGAGAAAAAGGAAAACAAGAGACCCAGUGGGAAAUAAGACCUAGAGAAAAAGGAAAACAAGAGACCCAGAGGGAAAUAAGACCUAGAGAAAAAGGAAAACAAGAGACCCAGAGGAAUAUAAGACCUAGAGAAAAAGGAAAACAAGAGACCCAGAGGAAUAUAAGACCUAGAGAAAAAGGAAAACAAGAGACCCAGAGGGAAAUAAGACCUAGAGAAAAAGGAAAACAAGAGACCCAGAGGAAUAUAAGACCUAGAGAAAAAGGAAAACAAGAGACCCAGAGGGAAAUAAGACCUAGAGAAAAAGGAAAACAAGAGACCCAGAGGAAUAUAAGACCUAGAGAAAAAGGAAAACAAGAGACCCAGAGGAAAAUAUGA